AUGUCCCUUGAAGAGUUCGGCAGUGCCUUGAAGGCAGGCGAUAUAGCCGAAGUGGUCAUGGUACGACCGAAAGAGGAGAUAAACUCGUCACUGCUUCUUGAUGAAGCUGUCUUGGAAGUCAUUAAGAGAGUGCUAAACGCACGGAGUGGAUCGUCGAUCCUACGAAAUGCCUUGGAUCCGUACUAUCCUUUGGUAAAGAAAUUUCAAAACGUCGUCUCCAAAGACCCGCGUUCGGUCCUACCUCCGGACCGAGGUGUGCGUCAUGAGAUCGACCUGGAUCUGGGGACCAAAUACUGCGUAACACGCCAAUGGCCCUUGCCCAAGGAGCAGUGCGACGUCAUUGACGCCUUUUUCCGUGCGAAGCACGACGCAGGAAUGGUGCGUGAGAGUGAGUCUCCCCAUUCGACACCCACGUUUUGUGUUCGGAAGCCGAACGACAAGUCUCGUAUCGUUCAUGCUUACAAUAAGCUCAACGCUGCCACCAUUCCGGCACAGAUGCCAAUUCCUGGAAAGGAUGUUCUUCAGAAUAACAUGCUCCAGUCGAAGACUAUGACAAUUACCUGUGGCUUUCCACUGACUGCAUGCCCAGUCUUUAGCGAUCGCAACGUCAGUUUGGUGUCGGUCGCGGAAUCACUCGGGAUCUUCUACAUGUUUUGUGUUCGUCACAUCAUCGGGAAUACGAGAGCUAAUAAGACUGUCAGACUAACCGUGACUCAAGAGCAAUUUGUGUGGGAAGAGAACGCAGCUGUGUCAUAUGUCGACUACGAUGUCGCUAUCGGAAAGCUUAAUGAUGUAAACCCAGCAGCUACAAUUUAUCUUAGCGCCAUACCUGCAAGCAAGUGGACACUUCACCCCCAUGUCACCACAACACCCUUGUAUGGCUGGCGGACGACGAACUUCGUGGAAAGCGAACAAGCGAAUAGUCUUCGUCUUUAG